UGUUGCUGCAGCUGUUCUUAGCACACCUCUGCCCAUGUCCUCAUGUUGCUUCAAGGAGAAAAGUCUGGUAAGCUGGACACAGGAUUCCUGAGCUGCACAAAAGCAGCUCUAAAAUUGUUAACCUGCUAAUUUGAAGCCAUUGCAUUACUCUGUCACUGCCAUCAAUGAAAGCAGCACUUGCCACUUAUCUCCUGGCAUAUGCCUAUGAUUGAGCAGCAGAGAGAGGGAUUUAAAUUGUCAUUUCUAGCUUCACUGAUGAUCUGACACUCUCUGAGCAAUCAUCCCACCAGAUCUCAGAAGAUGGAAGUGCAAAUCCCACUCAGUCUGUUUGAACCAAGAAGGAAAGUCAAUGGAAGCACAUCUGAAAUAGCUGCAACCACGAGGAGAGGAUUAAAUAACACAGCCCUCAGACAAAAGGAUUCAGUUGUGUUUAUUUUGACGUGAAGAGAAUGGGGUUUAAUGGGAACAUGUGUGGCAUUGUUGUCAGCAUGUCCAGCAUUUUGAGGUGUUGUUUUGUGUGAAAGUGAAGUUCAGUCUCUGGUUGCAGAAUCUUAAAUAUGAUGAUACUUUAUUUGAAACUUCUCAAACAGUAGAGGUGGUACUUUUGGGACGACUGAAGUGUUCACAAAUGGCUGUCUAUGAAGCUGGAUUUCAUUUCCAUACUAGAAAAAGUGCCUUGACAUUUUUUAUUAUUGUUAUUGCUUUUAUUAUUAUUUUACUGUUAAGUGCUGAGUGUCUUUGGGCCUUCACUGACUAGAGGGAACUGUAAGAGACUGAGUACAUCUGAUACUUCCUAUGUACAAGAUCCAAGUGUGGAUUUGAGUGCCUGGCUUCUCUAGUAAGGAUCUUGAUUCAUGUAAUGUAAACUUAGAACAACAAAAUUAGAUUCAGAUGCUCCCUUUUUUUUUUUUUUUCCCUCCCUGUUGCAGUCCUAAGCCAAAUGAUUUACUGUGGAAUAUAGUUGAAUUGCUUGUUUUAUCUCAUAAAACAAAUACGCCUUUGUUGCUCUUUUGGGCUGAUGUUUUCCUUAGCUUGCACUUGUGACUUAGCUAUACCCUUCCUUCCCUCUUGGACUUUUUAAUUUUUCUCACACCAUGCACAGAGCUUGAGUUUGGCCUUCUCUGCUGGCUGAUGAGAUUCUCUUUGCCAUGCCACAGGAGCCUGCUGCCUAGGCAGUGGAGAUACACUGAUAAACCCUUUGCUUUUGUGUUAGAAUUGGUGUUUUGUUUUCAUACAGUGUGUAUCAUUUCCCAUUUGAAACCGCUGUUAUUGUAUGCUUGGAAAAACCCUCUUACUUGGCAUUGGCAAAGGAAGCAGAGUUUAAAAAGAAAAAAAAAACCACUUUAAUUUAAUAAGCAGUAUUUCAGGGUUCCUUUUGUUACGUGCUACCUUUUGAACUCUGCAGAGCAGCAUGCAGAUCUAAUCCUCGCUAGCGUCACGGCCUGGGCUGCACAAGUAAACACUUUAAAUGGGAGGAAGCACCUGCGCAUCGCUAUUGUCUCUCUUCUCCCAUUAGCAAAGCCUCGGGGCUGACUCUGCUCCAGCCAAACCCUCCAGGCAGUUGGAAUCCACAGGCAGAGAGCAAAGCUCCCUGCCCUGGGCUGGAGCAGUGGGAGCAGCUCCUGGGGGACAGCUGGCCAUGGAGGGGCUGCGUGCGGACACCCGCGCACGGCUGGGCUACCGCGCACUCGCCCAUCGCCUCGGCAGCACGGGAUGCAUGGACCACAGGGAUCACAGGAGCCUCCAAGGGAGCAGACUGAACAAGGAUCUGAGGCAUUAUCUCAACCAGAGGUUUCAGAAGGGGUCACCAGACCACGACCUGCAGCAGACCAUCCGAGACAACCUUUAUCGCCACGCUGUGCCUUGCACAACCCGCCCUCCGAGAGAAGGAGAAGUGCCUGGUGUGGACUAUAACUUUCUGACUGUGGAGGAAUUCCGGGAGUUGGAGCGAAGUGGGACCCUUCUGGAAGUAGGAACUUAUGAAGGUAACUAUUAUGGAACGCCGAAGCCUCCAAGCCAGCCCCUCAGUGGGAAAGUGACUUCCACCAAUGCUUUGCAAAACCUGCAGUCUGGCUCCAAGCAGUCGACUCCAAAGCGAACCAAGUCUUACAAUGAUAUGCAAAAUGCUGGCAUAGUGCAUACAGAGAAUGAGGAAGAGGAUGAUGUACCUGAAAUGAGCAGUAGCUUCACAGCAGAGUCUGGUGACCAGGACGAGCACAGCGCGCGCAUCGGGAGAGAGGCAGCGCCCGCGUCCGCGAUUGAGAGGCACACCCACGUCCCCACCACGGACCCAUCUCAGAGCCUCCCCCAGUACCUACCUCCUGCAGCCGAGGAUAACCUAGGUCCUCUGCCAGAAAACUGGGAGAUGGCCUACACGGAGAACGGAGAAGUCUAUUUUAUAGACCAUAACACAAAAACAACAUCUUGGCUAGAUCCACGGUGCCUGAACAAACAGCAGAAGCCUCUAGAAGAAUGUGAAGAUGAUGAAGAAGGGGUGCACACGGAGGAACUGGACAGUGAACUAGAGUUGCCUGCUGGUUGGGAGAAAAUUGAAGAUCCUGUAUAUGGUGUCUACUAUGUAGACCACAUCAACCGGAAGACACAGUAUGAGAACCCAGUCCUUGAAGCCAAGAGGAAGAAGCAGCUUGAACAACAGCAACAGCCUCCAGAAGAAUGGACAGAGGAGUGUCCAUCUCUCCCUCCACCUGCUGCUCCAAACCAUGUUUCAAACAACCAAGAGGCAGUUCGGGAAGCACCAGUACAAGGAAAACCUUUUUUUACACGAAACCCUUCUGAGUUGAAAGGGAAGUUCAUCCACACCAAGCUAAGGAAAAGCAGCAGGGGGUUUGGCUUCACCGUUGUUGGAGGAGAUGAGCCAGAUGAAUUCCUCCAAAUCAAAAGUUUGGUGCUUGAUGGUCCUGCAGCAUUGGAUGGCAAAAUGGAAACAGGGGAUGUCAUAGUCAGUGUGAAUGACACCUGUGUGCUAGGGCACACUCACGCCCAGGUGGUGAAAAUCUUCCAGUCCAUCCCCAUCGGAGCCAGUGUGGACCUGGAGCUGUGCCGGGGCUACCCCCUGCCCUUCGACCCCGACGACCCCAACACCAGCCUGGUCACGUCCGUGGCAAUUUUGGACAAAGAGCCCAUCAUUGUGAACGGGCAGGAGAACUAUGACUCCCCGGCGAGCCACAGCAGCAAAACAGGGAAAGUGAACGGCACAAAGGAGGCCAGGCCCAGCAGCCCGGCCGAGGUCUCCUCCAAUGGACCCCACGGCUACCCCAACGAUACGGUGUCCUUGGCAUCCUCCAUAGCCACGCAGCCUGAACUCAUAACUGUGCACAUAGUGAAAGGGCCCAUGGGCUUUGGGUUUACUAUAGCAGACAGUCCCGGUGGGGGAGGCCAAAGAGUGAAACAGAUUGUGGACAGCCCGCGGUGCCGCGGCCUGAAGGAGGGAGACCUCAUAGUGGAAGUCAACAAGAAGAAUGUGCAGAGCCUCACUCACAACCAGGUGGUGGAUAUGCUGAUUGAAUGUCCUAAGGGAAGCGAAGUCACGUUGCUGGUGCAGCGAGGAGGACUGCCAGUCCCAAAGAAGAGCCCAAAGUCGCAACCACUUGAAAGGAAAGACAGCCAAAACAGUUCCCAGCAGAGCGUCUCGAGCCACCGCAGCGGGCACACGGCGUCCCCCGCGCACAGCACCCAGGUGCUGCCCGACUUCGCCGCCCCCGAGGCGCCGGCCGCCGACCAGCCUGACACUGCUGGCCAGAAAAAGCCAGAUCCAUUCAAAAUCUGGGCCCAGUCCAGGAGCAUGUAUGAAAGCCGACCUAUGUCACCUUCACCUGCAACUGGACUGAGCAAGGGUGAGAGAGAGAGAGAAAUCAAUUCCACGAGUUUCGGAGAAUUUCCAGAUUAUCAAGAGCAGGAUAUCUUUCUAUGGAGAAAGGAAACCGGGUUUGGAUUUAGGAUUCUAGGUGGAAAUGAGCCUGGAGAACCUAUUUACAUCGGUCACAUUGUACCGCUGGGUGCUGCUGACGCCGACGGCCGCCUGCGAUCAGGAGAUGAGCUGAUCUGCGUGGAUGGGACGCCUGUGGUGGGCAAAUCUCACCAGCUCGUGGUCCAGCUCAUGCAGCAGGCAGCCAAACAAGGCCAUGUCAACCUGACCGUCAGGCGCAAAGUGGUUUACACAGUUCCCAAGGCAGAGAAUGAAGUCCCAUCCCCGGCCUCCUCCCAUCACAGCAGCAACCAGCCGGCCUCGCUGACGGAGGAGAAGCGGACGCCGCAGGGCAGCCAGAACUCGCUCAACACGGUCAGCUCGGGCAGCGGCAGCACCAGCGGCAUCGGCAGCGGCGGUGGCGGCGGCAGCGGCGUGGUCAGCGCCGUGGUGCAGCCCUACGACGUGGAGAUCCGCCGUGGUGAGAACGAGGGCUUCGGCUUCGUCAUCGUCUCCUCCGUCAGCAGGCCCGAGGCAGGGACGACGUUCGCGGGAAAUGCAUGUGUGGCCAUGCCUCACAAAAUAGGUCGGAUAAUUGAAGGGAGCCCCGCCGACCGCUGCGGGAAGCUGAAAGUCGGCGACCGGAUCUUGGCCGUCAAUGGGUGCUCCAUCACCAACAAGUCGCACUCAGACAUCGUCAACCUCAUUAAGGAAGCGGGAAACACCGUCACCCUGCGCAUCAUUCCAGGAGAUGAAUCCUCCAAUGCUACUUUAUUGACCAAUGCAGAAAAAAUUGCUACAAUCACAACCACACAUACUCCUCAGCAAAUACCGCAGGAGACCAGCAGGAACAACACCAAACCAAAGCAGGAAUCCCAGUUUGAUUUCAAACCACCCCAAGCAGCACAGCAGGACCAAGACUUUUACACUGUUGAGCUGGAAAGAGGAGCCAAAGGGUUUGGCUUCAGCCUGCGAGGUGGCCGGGAGUACAACAUGGACCUGUACGUGCUGCGGCUCGCUGAGGACGGGCCCGCCGAGAGAUGUGGGAAAAUGAGGAUUGGUGAUGAAAUCUUGGAGAUCAAUGGAGAAACUACCAAGAACAUGAAGCACGCUCGGGCCAUCGAACUGAUUAAAAAUGGUGGCCGCAAGGUCCGCCUCUUUCUGAAACGUGGAGAUGGCUCUGUCCCAGAAUAUGACCCCAGCAGUGACAGGAACAGUCCCGCCACAGGUUCACAAAAUGUAUCGGAAAUGAAACCCGUGCCAUCCGACCGACGGCAGCACCCAUCAUCGGAGUCCAGUUAUCCACCAGACCUUCACAAAUCAUCACAACAUGGGGACAAGCGGACUUACGUUAGAGACCUAAAAGGCAGCAGAGAGUUUAGCAGACAUCCCAAUGAACACCACACUUGGAAUGGGACUUCUAAAACCAACGACCACGUGCCAGGCAGGAAGACAGAGAGGUCGCCGGAGAGGAGGCACGAAAGGCAGCCAGAGAGGGUGGUGGUGAACGGGCAGAAGAGGAGGUCUCCUGAAAAGCGCAGGGAAGGGACAAGGAGCGCUGACAACACUUUGGAGAGGCGGGAGCGACUUGAGAGGAGGAGAGACCUCUCUCCUGAGAGGCGCAGAGAGCGGUCGCCCGGCCGGCGGCGGCGGUCGCUGGAGAGACUCACGGAGCCCAGGAGAUCCCCUGAGCGGAGAAGAGAGAGCUCCCUCGACCGAAGGGCCAAGUCGUCCGACCGGCGGAGGGAGAGGUCGCCCGAGAGACGGCUCAGGGAGGAACGAGUUGGCCACCGGGAGAGGGAAGAGCCCGGCUGGAGGCACGAGCCCAGCCGCAGGCACCCGCCCGAGCAGCGCAGGCGGCCCUACAAGGAGUGCAGCACCGACCUCAGCAUCUGAGGGGCUCCCCGGGGUCCCCGUCGCCUUCCCCACACCAAGGGAGCAGAGGAGAGAGUGGAACCAACCUGGCUUUCGCAGGCGACGAGACGUCCGCCACCUGCUGAUCCUACAAACCGUUUAUGCAGAUGAAAUCUUAAAACAAACAAAAAAAAAAGCAUUGUGCCUGAUGUAUAAUAUUAAAGAAAGUAUUUUUCAGUGUAUUCUUUUUUUUUAAUUACUUGCCAAAUGUUGGUCCUAAAGGAUUAUAAAAUUUUGUUUCUACAUUCUUUGUAGAUUUCUUAAAAAUAAUCCCUUUAUUGGGCUACUUUCCCCCCCUCCCUAAUAUAGUAAAUGGGGUAGCCAGUAAUAUAAUAUAGGCAAAGGAUUUUAUGACCAAGUUUGAAUAAUUUGAUCCAGACUGUUCUCUAGUGACUCACUGCUACACUGUAUGUAGAAAAUUUUUUAAGGGUUGGGGGUGGGGAAGGAAGAAAAUUGUUCAUCUCAGUAGGAAUGGAGCACUCCUGCUGAAGGAAUUAAAAAGGAAAGAGACAAAUGUUCCUAAAAUUGCAAGAACUGUUUGAAGAGACUACUGUUUCAAUGAAGGAUAUUUAUAAUAAUAAUAAAGAAUUAAAAAAAAAAAAAACAACUCAAACCCACACAGCACAAGACGAUUUACAAUAAGUAAUUUGUAGUUUGUUCCAUGAACAGUUUAUACUUUCAGGCCCCCUGGACAGGAUGCGCAGAGGCAGAAGGACUGGUCAGCACCAUGCCUGUGUCACACGCUAACGUGGACUGUUGAGCUCUCAUUAGCCUCAGCAACAUGUAACGAUGAUCUGUCAUUAAGGCAGCAGCCCUGCUCAUCUCCCAGCUGUAUAUGGACAGCAACCCCAGCAUGCAUGGUAUUGUGUAUCUGCUUGGAAGCAAGGGGAGGGAUUGGGAUUCUGGGACAAGGCACAAUGCGGUGGGAGCACAAUCCCCCUGCUCGGAGUAGGUGUAUUCCUUCUGCUCAGGCCAAAGCAGUGGGCUUUUAUUUUGCCAAAUUCCAAAAGCUCUCAAUUCUUCUUGCUCUGUAUUGAAAGGGUUGGUUUUUCGUUGUUUUACUGGUUCAUCCUUACUGAGACAAAAGGAGUGCACUUGCUGGGGAGGGAAAACAAAAAAAAAAAAAAAAAGAAAAAAAAAAGAAAAGAAAAAAGUAUCAAAAGAAAAUCACAGGCUAAAAGAGGCAAUCAGUGGGACAACCUGGUUGUGGAAGCCUAUCCGUACCUGAUUAUAUGCUGUAAAUUUGAGUCUAAGAACAGCAGCAAAAGAGAAACCUGCAAGUUUCUGAGUUGUAUUUUAAAAUUUGCAAGCUGUGUGGUAAGUCUGCUGUAGCAUUGGUCUAAGAUUUAAUGGAUUACUGCCUAGCUGAGCCAAAAUGUUUGCCGUUACUGUUGGACCACUAAAGUAAACUGCUGCUUUUUCCAGUGCAUUGGUGUGUACAUGUAUACUGACUCACAUCCUCCAUAUGAACACAAAACCAUUGCAAGUCUAUCACUGUUGUUGCCAUGGUACUGUAAAAACAAAACCAAGAAAGAAGAUGGCCAAUCAUUGUGUGUACAGUUGAAAUUGUAAUUAAUAGAGCCUGUUGGAAAAAAACCACAAAACUGUUGCCUUUUUCUUGUAUAAAAGAGAAUUUAUGACAAAAUUUAGGUGUGAGGAAUGUGAUUAAGUGUUUAUAUUUCUAAAAAUGGAAAAAAAUUUGAUUCAGGGGAUAUAUUUUAAUGUAAACUGAAUCAGGUAUGUAAAGCUGUUUUAAAAUGGGAGACUGUAUCAGUAAUUCUAAAGCUUUUGUUGGUUUGAAAAUAUCGUUUCUUUCUUCAUGGUGGGCCUGCUUAUGUAUUAUUAAGCACUUGUAUGCAAUCUAUAUUCUCCAGUCAUCAUUUCUUGCAACAAGCUAUAGGCAAAAUGCUCUUUUCUGUGUUGAUGAAAAGCAGUAUGUGGGCCAAUCUUUUUUAUAAAACACUAUGCAUAUAUAAAUACUACAUUGUUCAUAGCUUUAUUUGACUUAAUUGGGUUUAUACAUAACACUAGGAUGAGUAGAUGUGGACUUACCCAGUAAGAGCUUCUUUCCUUGGAACAGACACUAUGUAUAUGAUGUAGCAACAAAGAAGGAGAAAGUCUGUGAAUGCUAUUUUUAUUAUCAAAUAAAGUUUUCCAUACAAAGCA